CACUUCGGUGCGAACAGCUUCCGCGGGAGUGAAUGCUCGCCAAUCGCGGGCAUGGUGAGCUGCAGUCGGGUAUUGCUCAGAAAGUAUGGAAACUUCAUUGAUAACUUGAGACUCUUCACCAGGGGAGGAAGUGGUGGAAUGGGCUACCCUCGCUUAGGUGGAGAAGGUGGGAAAGGUGGUGACGUCUGGGUUGUAGCCCAUAACAAAAUGACUUUAAAACAACUUAAAGAUAAAUAUCCUCAGAAACGGUUUGCGGCUGGAGAAGGAGCAAACAGCCGAGUUAGUGCACUGAAAGGCUCCAAAGGAAAAGACUGUGAAAUUCCUGUACCUGUGGGUAUUUCAGUAACUGAUGAAAAUGGUAAAAUUAUAGGAGAAGUCAGUAAAGAGAAAGACAGAAUUUUGGUAGCUGAAGGAGGUCUUGGUGGUAAAUUACUUACAAAUUUCUUACCAUUGAAAGGCCAGAAACGAGUAAUUCACCUUGAUCUAAAACUUAUAGCUGAUAUAGGCUUGGUGGGAUUCCCAAAUGCUGGAAAAUCCUCUUUGCUAAGUAAGAUUUCUCAUGCAAAACCUGCAAUUGCAGAUUAUGCAUUUACAACAUUAAAGCCUGAACUGGGAAAAAUUAUGUAUAAUGAUUUCAAACAGAUAUCAGUAGCUGAUCUUCCUGGUUUAAUAGAAGGAGCACACAUGAACAAAGGAAUGGGCCACAAAUUCCUCAAGCAUAUAGAAAGAACUAAACAACUACUUUUUGUUGUUGAUGUUUCUGGAUUUCAGCUUUCUUCCCAAACUCAAUACAGAACUGCCUUUGAAACCAUACUACUGCUUUCAAAAGAGUUGGAGUUGUACAGAGAGGAACUUCAGACAAAACCUGCGCUCCUGGCAGUUAAUAAAAUGGACUUGCCAGAUGCCCAAGAUAAAUUCCAUGUACUGAUGAACCAACUCCAGAAUCCUAAAGAUUUUUUACAUUUAUUUGAAAAACACAUGAUUCCAGAGAGGACCGUGGAGUUCCAACACAUCAUCCCCAUCUCUGCAGUUACUGGAGAAGGAAUUGAUGAACUAAAGAACUGUAUAAGGAAAUCUCUGGAUGAACACACCAACCAGGAAAAUGAUGCAUAUCAUAAGAAGCAGUUGCUUAAUUUACAUAUUUCCAAUACAGUAUCUUAUAGUGAGCCACCAUCAAAGAAUGCUGUUACUAGUCCCAGAAUAGAUAUAACUUAAAUCUGUUAAAAGUGAUAUUGAAAUUGCAUUCAUUUGGAAGCUUUUCCACAGACAUAUUUUUUAGAAGGUUAAUUGAUACUAACCUGGUGUAUAUGCCAUCAUUCAAGAAUCAUACUUUUUAAAGAUGUUUUGUACUUAAGUCUAUCAACAGUAAAAAAAGUAACUGAGGGUUAAAAAUGACAGUUUAUAAUUUUAUGGCCAAUCCACCUAUAAUAAAAUCCUAUAAUAUUCCUGUACAUAUGUCUCUAGUGAGAUCAUUUUUUUA